CUCACUUCUGUUGGCUUAAAAAAAUAUUUGGGAGGCGUUUUCAGAGUACUCUAUUUUGUUUCCUACGUAAUUCGACUGCCAUUUGGCUAUCAUAAUGCCUUUGUCGUGUGAACGACCAAUGAGAUUUAAGUUAUCAGGCCACGCCUUUUGGACGAGUGAACACAGCCCGUUCGUGUGCUCAUCAACGCGUAACGUUCGCUAAUUUCAGAUAUGGUCGGACGCACUCCGUGUCGGUGGAUAUUGCGUGACACGUUCCGUGGUGUCUUUCAUGCAGUGUGCGUGAGUGUAGUGAAUAUCUGUCCUUUGUGUGUGGUUCAUGUGAAGGUGAAAGCGCGUAUUUAAAAUAAGGGUUCUUGUCUUGGUUCUCAUAAACCAUAUGGAGUUUAUGACCUCAUGGAAUUUUCGUGGAGAGCUACUAUUAAAGUAAUUGAAUUAUAAUUGGAGAAGAAACCUAUGUAUAUUAGGUGAUAAAAAUUAAGUGACAAACAAACUUGCUUUAUUCACAUCUCUACACGGGCAUUGUGAAAAUACAAGUGUUUUUGAACCUCAAUGUGAGUUUACGGCAUAGAAAAACUGUUUAACGAGUGCUAAGAUAUUGUGUCAAACUGAUCGGGACCGGCCUACACCAUUCUGCCCGCGAUGGGGCUGAAACCUUUUGGAAGAUGCCGCACAAAGAGCAUCUAAUGAGCCAUCACGGGCAUGCUGCGUCCGUAUCGCAGAGCGCCCUUUUUGGCUGCUCCACCGCCGGUCAUUCAGGCAUCAACCAACUUGGCGGAGUAUAUGUAAAUGGACGUCCGCUGCCCGACUCUACACGACAGAAGAUCGUGGAAUUAGCACACUCUGGCGCUCGCCCUUGUGACAUUUCACGCAUUCUUCAGGUGAGCAACGGAUGUGUUAGCAAGAUUUUGGGUCGCUACUACGAAACAGGCAGCAUUAAGCCGCGUGCCAUUGGUGGAUCAAAGCCGCGUGUGGCUACAACACCCGUAGUCCAGAAGAUAUCCGAUUAUAAGCGCGAAUGCCCCAGCAUCUUCGCCUGGGAGAUCCGGGACAGGCUGCUUUCCGAAGCGGUGUGCAAUAGCGACAACAUACCAAGUGUUUCAUCUAUUAAUCGUGUUCUGCGGAAUCUAGCAUCACAAAAGGAACAGCAAGUUCAACAGCAGAGUGAGACGGUAUACGAUAAGCUGAGAAUGUUCAACGGGCAGUCUAGUGGCUGGGCGUGGUAUCCCGGCGGGGCCAGCGGACCACACCUCUCAUUGCCGCCUGCUAAUCCAGCCGCCGCGGCGGCAGUGGCUAAUCUGUCAGUCGCUGUGAGUGGAGCAACGGGUCUGGCGCGUGAAGAACUACACAAGCGAGAUUUAUUUGCUAGUGAUAUAUCGCACACAAAUUCUCACGAAUCAACGUCAGAUGGAGCAUCGGAUCAUAAUUCAUCUGGUGAUGAGGAUUCACAAAUGCGAUUACGCCUCAAACGAAAAUUACAACGAAAUCGCACAUCAUUUACAAAUGAGCAAAUAGAUAGUCUCGAGAAAGAAUUUGAAAGGACACAUUAUCCAGACGUCUUUGCGCGUGAAAGAUUAGCGGAGAAGAUCGGAUUGCCAGAGGCUAGAAUACAGGUAUGGUUUUCUAACAGACGCGCCAAGUGGCGUCGUGAAGAGAAACUGAGAACACAACGGCGAUCAAGUCAACUUUGCGAUAGCGUACCUAGCGCCCCACCUACCACCGCCGCCACUGAUACGCAUACCGCUCCGCCGCCAACCAACGGGGCCUCAACCCCUGGCGCUAGUCCACCGUUAUCGACAGCCACAUCUCGUCUAUCCCUGAAUUCAGGCUUCAAUUCCAUGUACGCCACGAUACCUCAACCUAUUGCCACUAUAAGCGAGACAUACAGUUCAAUGACUACGUCAUCUUGCCUACAGCAGAGAGACUAUCCUUAUAUAUUUCAUGAUCCUUUGUCGCUGAGUGCUACCUAUGCCACCCAUCCACGGACGCCAUGUAAUCCUGCUACAGCACAUCAGCAACCAACGUCACAGCACGCGUCAUAUGCCAGCAGCGCUACGGCGCCAACGAGUACAGGUGUAAUUUCGGCUGGUGUGUCAGUACCAGUACAAAUACCCGCCCAUAGUACUGAUAUAAGCGCCAGCUACUGGCCUCGUCUUCAGUGAUUACAGACUGAUUCCCGCCAAAAACUAUAUGUCACCCAUUGUACAAGCAAUAAAGCAAGCGCAACAUCACAAUUAUAUUGAGAAAAAAAGGCCCAUACAUGAAGAUUUUAAUGAGAUAAGAGAAAAACAAUAUUAAAUAAGAUGAUAAACAAGAAUGUAUGUGUAGUUUGUGAAUAAAUAUGAUGAAGCAUUUUUCAAUGAAGCUAGCUUGGGAGAAAGUUUGGUGCGUCUUUCAACAUUCCGCACCACCUGAACCAGCUUUUUCAUCUG